GUAAAGAAAUGUGCACAUGACAGACGGAAUGCCCAUCACGUGGGAGGCCGACGAUGAGACGCAGAAUGCGGCCAACUGAGAUUCGCCCAGACAGAAAUCUUUGACCGCCAUCCACGAGUCCUAUUCGUUGUGCAGUGUCGGGUAGUAUUCAGAUCUACGCAGGGAUCAGGAUGUCCUGGCUGCCAUUGGCCUUCCCGCAGCCGAAGGGCGAGCUGAAACAAGUGACCUACCUGCGAUGAUACCAAUAGACCGUAAGUAGGAUACCGGAACCCCACCAAAGGGAGCGAGCUAUACUACCUUUGCCGUACUCCUAUGAUCUCAUGCACCUGUCGGUUGCCCGGCUUGUGGCUCGUGGGCUCGUCCUAUCUGCAAGGUUAGGACGCUUUGACCUCGAGAGUCCAACCUCUUCUGCCUAUCCAUCAUUCUGUGCAGCUUCAUCGAGCUUCUCUUUACUUUCUCUUGCUAAUCCUUCACUUCUUCGAAGUUGAUCUUCGUGGCCUGGUUGCCAUUGUUUGUGUCGUUUGUUUGAAUUUGUUCGCACGCGUUGCUCCGACUUAUUUUCUAUCUUUUAAGUGUAAUUGAACUUGGGAAUUUGGAAUCAUUGGUCGGUACUUAUAAGUGGAAAGGGGAAACAGAAGAAGGGAACGAGAAAAGGGUGUUAUAAGUCAUGAACACGAGGCCAGAGUCAGAACAGUCGACAAUCGACAUCGCGCAGAUUGAAAAGAGUUUCCCAGUACCCCCAAAGUCAAGUCAUGGCUCUCGCAAGACACUCCCGCCACUACCGCCGAUGGCGGAAAUCGAGAAAGACGCCGCGGAGGCAAUUGCUCUAGAGAAGGCGAUGGCAGAGGAAGCGGAGUCCAAUGUGUCGCCGUUGCGUAGCGACCUUGAGAAUGAUAAGCCGCUACCGCUUAGGCUCCUGAGGACGACACCCGCCAAAAGGACAUCAGGCGAUGAAUCAAGACCAAGCACGGCUUCUACUAGGAGGCACUCGUUCGUCAGCAUAGAUCCGAAACGCAACCUAAAAUACGGCACUGGCAAGUAUGCUGCGAUGGAAUUAUCACCUCAACCCAGCGAGGACCCUAACGACCCAUUGAACUGGCCAUUGUGGAAGAAAAAUCUUAAUUUUUUAGCAUUACUGUCUAUGGUGGCCGUCGUCGGCGCGAUGAAGACUGCGCUCAUCAGCGUCCAUAGCGUCCUAGCUGCAGAGCAAGGUAUCAAUUACCCAUCAGCAGCGGCCCUGACUGCUGUUCCGCUCAUUUUCUCGGCCUUUUCAGGUAUGGCGAGCGUAAUAUUAGCUAAAGUAUGGGGCAAACGGCCAGUGUAUCUAAGUUCGAUGGUGCUGAUAUUCAUUGGUUCCGCAUGGAAUAUUAACACUGGAAGAGAUUUUGCGCAGAACAUGGCAGCGAGAAUCUUCCAAGGACUGGGUUGGGGUGCCUUUGACACACUCGUGCUGGGGUCGAUCUUGGACACCUUUUUCGAACAUGAAAGGCAGCCAAAGAUAAUGAUGUAUAAUACGGUAUCGUUUGCUACGACAUGGGGCGCGCCGUUGAUCGGUGGUGUUGUCUCGAUGGGUUCUCGAGGGUUUGCUACACAGUUCGAGAUAUUCACGCCGAUUCUAGUGUUUUUAAUGCCCUUACUUAUCUUCGGUGCCCCCGAGACAAGCUACACACGCUCAAGCUUUGAGGAGAGCUAUACCGACGCCUUCCCGACGCUGACUCGUUCGCAGUCGAGGCUGCCGACAAUCACAUUCUCAAGAGACGCAAUUCUCAACUACCUUCGAGCUGUGAAGUUUCAGUCUUACAAGGCAAUCAUCGUCGACUCCUCGCUUCUCAUGCAAGCGCCUAGGGCGGCAGUUGCACCAUCGACACUGCUUCUUUUUGUCCUUACCAUACUACCCUAUGUUUCGCUAUGGGGCCUGACUAGUUCUCUUUCGCUGCUAUUUUCACCGCCACCGUUCAACCUCGUGGAAUCCUCCAUUGGCCUCAUCUUCUUCACUCCAUUCCUAUUCGGCACCGCCGUUGUGGUUGGUCUUUACUGGCUCUUUCGUCGUAGACAGUUCUCGCGCAUGCUACAUCUACUCAUUCUCGCCGUCGGCACUACUUUCGCCUCUAUUGCGAUUCUCGGCUUCGGAUUGUACAUAGUAGGCUCGGCGGCGAGGCCACCAAGAGUUGAUAGCAUCACGAUCGGCGACAUAUCAUUCAUGCCAGACAGCCUCAGCUUCCCCCUUAUCUCAUUCCUUCUCGGCCUUCUUGCACUAGGCUCCGCCACUCUCGAUGGAACAAUUCUGCCUGUAGUACAGCAAUCGACGGCUUUCACGUCGGCCAAUAUGAACGUCGCACUUCGAAACAUAGCCGACAUGCAGGCUGGACUAACAGCUCUUCGAAGCCUCGUCGCGGGUGCCUUCGUCCUCGGCUUGCCGGUUGUUGUGUGGACGUGGGAUGGACUCAGGGGCUCUGCUAUCGGCAUAGGAAUCGUGCAGAUCUUCGUGACAGCAGCCAUUGCGGCUGUGUACUUCGAGAUUGGUCAGUAUGUAAGGAAUAUGGAUGGCGUGGUAAUGGGGCUCGUGGAUCUGUCGAGCUUGAAGAAUCGCGGGAGCUUCUUUGAUGCCGAUUAACAAGAUGGGUUGCCUCGUUGUAUGAGGUUGUUCGCUCGCUCCAUAAUGGUGGCGUUUUAUGUUUAAUUGUUAAUGUGAAAUUAAACUUCACACCCGUUUUGGCACCCCUGGGUUUUCACCAAAUUGUGAUAAGUACCGGCUGUGAAAUAUGCAAACAUGAGUUUCUCGUAGCUAUGG